AUGCCAGCGCCCAAGCCUCCCCCGCACCUGACGCAGGAGGGCAAGCGCGCGCUCGACGCAUGGCUCAAGGCUGAGGUUGCCAAGGGCGAGCAUCCAGCCAUGUUCGCUAUCGUCGCAACCUCCUCCGAGGUGCUGUAUGAGGGUGUGCGCGGCGACCGGGUGUUCGGGCAACCGGAGAAGGGCCGGGUCGACUGGGAUACGACGUUGCAGCUGUGGAGCAUGACCAAGCUGGUGACGAGCGUGGCGUGCCUGCAACUCAUGGAGGCGGGCAAGGUGGAUGUCGACGACGGCCAGUUGAUCGAGACUAUUCUUCCCGAGCUCGCCAAGCAGCCCAUUCUGCUAGGGUAUGAGGGUGACAAGCCAGUGUUCAAGAAACGCACACUCCCCCUCACACUCCGCCAUCUCCUCACCCACACGUGCGGGAGUACGUAUACGCUCGAGGGGACGCCGCUGGCCAAGUGGGCCGCGCAGACGGGUCACAGGUCAUGGCUCGCUAAGGGUGCCAAGCUCGACAGCAUCACCCGACCGCUCCUCUUCGAACCCGGUACCGCCUUCGAGUAUGGGCACGGCAUCGACUGGGCUGGUCUGCUUGUUGAGCGCGUCAGCGGCCUCACGUUGGAAGACUACUUCCGCCGUCACAUCUGGAGUCACGUCCCGGGCGAAUGUCGGAGUAUGACAUUCUACCCCACUCCCAGAUCGAAGCGACGCAUGAUGGGCAUGCAUGGCCGCGUGGGUGGCAAGGUCGUUCCCGAUCCCGGCUGGCGAGACGUGACGGUCUGGCAUGCAAUGGACAUCAAGUUCCGGUUCGGCGGGGCUGGGCUAAUCGGCACGGCGCGCGACUAUACAGCCUUCCUGCAACACCUACUCGCAUGUUACCAGGGCCGACAAGGUGUGGUGCGCCCCGAGACGGCCGCGUUGCUGUUCGAAGACGCGCUUCCGAAGGGCGGGACGUGUCGUACGGAUCUCGGCCGGACAUUGCACGAGUUGGGAUUCUCGCUGCCAGGUUGGCGUACGGGGGAAGAGGUUACCCACUCCCUCGCGAUGUGUGUCAAUACCGCCGACUCGCCCAAUGGACGCCGGGCUGGAUCCGUGACGUGGGGCGGAGCGGCAAAGACACAGCAGUGGAUCGACCCGAGUACGGGUAUUGUCGCAUUCUUCGGGACACAGCUGCUCGAGUUGGAUGGGCGGCCUUUUGGGCGCGAGCUCGAUGCGUUCGAGCGCAAGGUGUAUGGCGCGCUUGAGGUCGGCGCCAAGCUAUAG